CCUAGAUUGAAAAGUUGGCUUAAGUAAUAAGACUAUUCGUCAAAAGCGGCAUUGUCAACCAAUUGGCAUAAAAAGAUGGAUUGAUUUAGACUUUGUGAGACAGACAUGUUUGAAUGGACUGUUUGUAUAAGUAAAUGUUGUGGACAGGAGUGUCAUGUGGUGCUCUCUAUUGGUUAUUUACGAAAUACACAUUUUAAGGUAGGACAUCAUGGUUUCCUUUAGACAUCCAAAAUACUCAGGAACAAAAACUAUUGUACAAUAAUACAAUUCUAAGGUAUGAUAUGAAUACAUAAGAACUACUAUUGGCCAUUUGAAUUUUGUGUGACGGAUAGUUAGACGUUCUGAUAUGCCACUGGAAAUAUUCUUCAGUGUACUAUACACUUUAUUUCAACACUAGUGUAGUUAGUAGUUUAAAUACGAAGCUAUCAGUGAUUAUGAAGUAACUUCAUGACUUUUAUCACCGACCUCUGUAUCACGGAUUCGAUCCUCGCCUCAUCUACCGAGCUUUAGGCAACCAGAUAUUUCGAAUAAAAAGGGUAGACACUUACUUACAUUUGAAUUUUGCCAUCUACUAAAUGGUGUAAUGUUCAAUAUCGCGUAAUUGGUUUAUACUUCAAGGUUUGAAAGUUUUGAAAUCAAGUAACAAUGCGAUAUUAUUCAAGUGGUAGAUUAAAAAAUGGUGAUUCGUCUUCAUCAUAUCCUCGAAGUAUGUACUCAUCAUCUUCGGAGACAACAAAUCCAUUUGCAGAUCCUACUAUCACAUUGAAUAAUAAUAGUAGUAAUGUACAUCACCAUCUAUCUGAUAGUAGCAAUACACUAGUCACUUCAACAUUAUCUGAUACUUAUAAUUCAAAUAAAGUUAAAUCACUCGAUGAAAAAGUUGCUAUUCUAAACGAUGAUAUGCUUCUUGAUGCUUCAAAUUCAACAGUAAAUGAUAAUUUGAGUAUUAGACGUCUACCAUUUUCACCUUCAUUGUCAAAUUUAAAGAAAGGACAAAAUCACGAAUUUUCACCAUAUCACAAUGUGAAUCCAAUUCACAGUCCUUCUGCUGUAACAUCUACUAGUGUUGGACAUUAUGAGGAUUUUGAAACUAUUGAUUGGGUCAAGGACAUAGCACGUGAUCGAUGUCGUCAUCGAGAAUUACAUAUGAACCGAAAGACAUGUUGUGGUGGAAUAAAAGCCUGUUGGGAUUCAGCAUCUGGAUGGUUUUGUGUAUUGUGUGUUGGUUUGCUAACGGGUUUCAUUGCCUGUGUUAUUGACAUCGGAUCUACUUGGAUGUCUGAUUUAAAAGAAGGCGUUUGUUUGGACGCCUUUUGGUUCAACCGGGAACAAUGUUGUUGGUCAUCAAGUCAAGCAGAUGAUGUCUGUGAUGAGUGGUUUACAUGGUCUCGUUUAUUCAUAAGUAAAGAUCCAACUGGUGAACAUCCAGAUGCUUAUUUUGUUGGUUAUUUAUUCUAUAUUAUCUAUGCUGUGUUAUUUGCAUUGGUCUGCGUAUUCCUUGUUCGAAUGUUUGCUCCAUACGCUUGUGGUAGUGGUAUUCCUGAAAUUAAAACUAUUCUUGGAGGAUUCAUUAUUCGGGGUUAUUUGGGGAAAUGGACUCUUUUAAUAAAAUCAGUCGGUAUGAUACUUGGAGUUGGUGCUGGUUUAAAUCUUGGUAAAGAAGGUCCUAUGGUUCAUAUGGCUGCAUGUGUUGGAAAUAUAUUUGCUUAUUUCUUUCCUAAAUAUGGUCAAAAUGAAGCUAAAAAACGUGAAAUUUUAUCAGCUUCAGCAGCUGCUGGUGUGGCUGUAGCAUUCGGUGCACCCAUCGGUGGUGUUCUCUUCUCCCUAGAAGAAGCUAGUUACUACUUUCCAAUGAAAACAAUGUUUCGAUCAUUUUUCUGUGCAAUGGUCUCAGCUAAUGUCCUGCGUAUAUUGAAUCCUUAUGGAAGUGAUAAUAUGAUUAUGUUCUAUGUUGAUUAUCAAGCACAAUGGCAUGUUAUGGAAUUAUUUCCGUUUGCAUUACUUGGAUUACUUGGAGGCAUUUUUGGCACUAUUUUCAAUCGGGCAAAUCUAUAUAUUUGUCGUUUGCGAAAAUCUACUUGGUUAGGUCAAUAUCCUGUUCGUGAAGUACUUGUUGUGUCUUUAAUUACUGCGGUCUUAUCAUUUCCACAUACUUACCUUCGUAUGAAUACAAGUGAACUGAUUAAACUUCUUGUUAGUCGAUGCUCACCAGGAUCUGAUUCUUCUUUGUGUGAUUAUCGUUACAAUACAAGUAAUCCUCUCGCUACAGUUUUACAAAAUUAUCCUGCUGGACCGACAUUAUCAACAGCUGUGGUAUUGUUGGCAAUUGCCUUGAUUCUAAAACUUAUCUUAACUGUCUUUACAUUUGGUAUCAAAGUGCCGACUGGAUUAUUCAUCCCAUCCUUAGCAGCUGGUGCUAUUAUGGGUCGAAUGUUGGGCAUAGCUACGGAACAAUUUGUUGUAGCACAUGCAUCACAUCCGCUUAUUGAAAAAAUGUGCAAAUCAUCACAACCGUGUAUUAAUCCAGGCCUGUAUGCUAUGGUUGGUGCAGCAGCGACACUUGGCGGUGUUACAAGAAUGACAAUAUCACUAGUUGUAGUGAUGCUAGAGUUAACUGGAGGAUUGAAUUAUAUUAUCCCGUUAAUGAUUGCAGCUAUGGUUAGUAAAUGGACUGGUGAUAGAUUGACUAAUGGCAGUAUAUAUGAAGAGCAUAUUCGAUUGAACGAUUAUCCUUAUCUUGGAGCUUAUGAUGAAUUGGAUAGUAUGUUAGUUGCAGCUGAUGUAAUGCAACCGCGUAGAGAUUCUGGUUCUCCACUUUAUGUUGUCACACAAUAUGAUAUGACAGUUAGUGAUGUUGACCAAUUGAUAAGUGGAUGUGAUGUUAAAGGAUUUCCUGUUGUUGUUUCUCAAGAGUCACCUUAUCUGGUUGGUUGGGUAUCAAGAAGAGAAUUACGAUGGGCAAUGGAUCGUGAACGAAAAUAUGAUCCAAAUAUUGUAGAUGAUUCACCAGUAUACUUUGCAUCAGUUCAACAAGUGAAUAUAAAUGAUACUCAUGAAUUGACACCUGUUAAUCUCCAAAAUAUUGUUGAUUUGUCUCCGACAACAGUGUCUGACCAAACACCGAUGGAAACAGUUCUAGAUUUCUUCAGAAAAUUAGGUCUUCGUCAGAUUAUUGUUACACGUAAUGGAUGUCCUUUGGGUGUGUUAACCAAAAAAGACAUUCUUCGUCAUGUGCGACAUCACAAUCCAAACAAUCGUUGAUCAUGAAAAUAACAAAUUCUCACAUUAUAUUUCGCCAACUUGAUAUUUUCAGUCAUAAACUGUACUAUUUUUUUGUGUGUUUAGUUAUGCAUCUAUAAUUUGUGCGAUUAUUUUCAUUCUCCAGCUUCAUUUUAUCUUCCGGUCGCCUUCUACUAGGCUUUCUUUUUUUUAAAAAAAUCUCUCAAGUAUAUGUAAUUUCCUUCUCUUUCAUUAUUUGUUUCAAAUGUAUGAAUGCGUCAUAUUAUUUUUGUUUUUCUUCUUUCACAUUUAAUUCAUCAUAUUAUUUAUUUUGAAGAAAUAAUAAUACCUUCUACUUAUUGCCUUGUGAUAUAUUCUAGUUUAUCUGGUAUUGAAAUAUAUUAUGGUGAACUGAAAUUCAACUAAUGUGUCACGUAUACAUAAAUCCAGUUAUCUCCAUACUUUUUCUGUCAUGUUCACUGCUGUGAUCCAUAAACACUAUACAGUGUUAAAAAAACGCUGAUAAAAAGAUUUGUAAUUGAUAUAUUCUUGAAUUAUUGACGAUAUCUUCACCUGUCGUCAGAUUCUGGGACAUAAGCAUAGUUACUGACGUCUAACAACUGCCAUGUAUCUUAACCUGAAGGUACCAUUUGACUCUAUCGGUAAAAAGGUGUUUUGGUAAUGUCUGCCUGUGAAUGCAGCUCCGAGAAAGUAUAUUCCCUCUGCUUGAACUAAUGCAUCCGUGGGAGAGCUUAUUGAAAGUCGUCAUCUAAAUUGGUAUCAAAAAUAUGUAAUGCCUCCGCUUUUGUUUAUUUUUAUCAUAAAUGUACUAAUCGAUGUGACCCUAGGAAAAUAUACCGACUCCGAGAUUGACUAGUUACGAUGGAACAGUGUUGUCGAUUUAAAGCAUGUAGAUGAUAAUGUGAUGAUGACAACAUACAAAGUCUUCUGAACACCUUGAGAAGAAAUCUUGGUAUGCUUAGUGUGCGAUUCAUUCCUACCAAAUGUAAGCUAUGAUCAUUAAUGAAAACACAAGCUUGGUACAUUAUGAGUACAAAGAGGUGUGCCUUACAACAGUAUACAAAGUUUAUUUCAAUCUAUCUGUACGGUACACUGUUUAUGAACACACCCAAAUCGCAAGGUGAACCUGGUGACACACCAUAGUUUGACAGGAUUCCAGAAAUGUACUCCAAAGAAAAGGUAGUCCUCUGUGCAUCCUUGCCUUCGGAAAGUGACAGGAGUCUGAUGAGUCCGAGUCACGGCCUCACCGUAGGAUACCAGGUAACGCCACGGUGAUGGAUAUGCCGAAAGUUGGCGCUGGCUAGAAAAACGUCGUGAUCCGCUCAAAGCUGUAGGAUACAGUCCUCAUCAUCUGACCUGUGGCCAUGUAGACCCACCUGAUCACCCAGACAAUUCUCAUUAGGGGAUCAGAGAAAUCCUCCAAUUCAGUUUAACCUCGGCCAUUUCUCCCGCAACCAUCAGUCUGAUUAUAUUAGCUGCUAAACCAUAUGAUGGAAAAUUGCAUUUUAAAGGCGUAGUAACCUAGUUUCUGCAAGGGGAGUCGCCAACUUCGAAGACAUUAUCCAGUAAUUCCAAGCAGCCUGGGUCCUGCAGAUGUGAGUUGGAUUGACCCUCUUGUCUUGUCAUUGUUACAGAUUAAAUUGUUUGACCUCUAUCCACACUCUGGCUUGUUAUAAUGUUCCUGAUUUCUAGUGUAUGUAUGUCUACCAAAGAACACAGCGAGCAACUGACUCCUGAUCAAAUCAAUGAUGAAACCUUGAGAAUCUGCAGUCUGUUGAUGAUUAAAUAAGGAAGAGCGUGUUGAGAGUAGCUGGGUGAAAGUGA